AUGGGCCGCGCAGAGAAAGGAUGCCCUAUUUGCUAUCACAAGUUACCUCGCCCUGGAGAGGUGUUAGAGCCUUACGAUGAGGAGCUCAACUACUUCAUGUGGAUUCCGGGGUUCGAGUGGAAGCCAAAGCCCGUUGCUGAGGAAGAUGCGUACGAGACAGAAAGCUCGGAAGGCGAGGCGGACGAAGACAUGGAGGAGGCGUUGAAGGAGAUGGUGGAGAACGACGAAAUGAAGGAAAAGUACAAUGAGCGCGCCUCAGGCGGGAAGGUUUCUACUACUGACGCUGCUGUCUUAGCCAGGCAGCUCGGCCUUGCCCCCUCCUACGCAGAUGUAGAGAAGUUUGAACAGGAGAAUGGAAGCCAGCUUGAUUACUCUACCUUCCAACAGUUUGCAGCUCAGAGCACUCAUCCAGAGGACAACAUUGAAGAUCUUGUCGGCGCAUUCGCCCACUUCGACCCUAAUGGAACUGGCACAUUGUCUGUGCAGCAGAUGCGCAAUAUCUUGAUGACUUUCGGCGAACCUCUCACCAAGGAGGAGAUGAGCGUUGUCGAAUCGAAGUUCUUCACCGGCCCUACAGUUGACUACAGAGAAUUCUGCACGCGGUAA